CCGCCGCGAUGGCUCUGACCUUGUUCGAUACUGAUGAAUACAGGCCACCUGUUUGGAAAUCUUACUUGUAUCAGUUGCAACAGGAAGCUCCCCAUCCUAGAAGGAUAACCUGCACUUGUGAGGUAGAGAACAGACCCAAAUAUUAUGGAAGAGAAUUCCAUGGGAUGAUCUCAAGGGAGGAAUCUGACCAGUUAUUAAGUGUUGCAGAGGGAAGCUAUCUCAUUCGUGAAAGCCAACGGCAACCUGGAACCUACACUUUGGCAUUAAGAUUUGGAAGUCAAACCAGAAACUUCAGACUCUACUACGAUGGAAAGCACUUUGUUGGGGAGAAACGUUUUGAGUCCAUCCAUGACCUGGUGACAGAUGGAUUGAUUACUCUUUAUAUUGAAACGAAGGCAGCUGAAUACAUUGCCAAGAUGACAAUAAAUCCAAUUUAUGAACACAUAGGAUAUACAACUUUAAACAGAGAGCCAACACACAAAAAACAUAUGCCAACCCUGAGAGAUGAACAUGAUGGCAAAGAGUCUACAGGAGAGGAUGAGGUAGCAGAAAAGAGGUUGACAUCACUUGUCAGAAGAGCAACUCUGAAGGAAAAUGAACAUAUUCCAAAAUAUGAGAAGAUCCAUAACUUCAAGGUGCACACGUUCAGGGGCCCGCACUGGUGUGAGUACUGCGCCAACUUUAUGUGGGGCCUCAUCGCUCAGGGAGUAAAAUGUGCAGAUUGUGGUUUAAAUGUGCACAAGCAGUGUUCCAAGAUGGUCCCAAAUGACUGCAAGCCAGACCUGAAGCAUGUCAAAAAAGUGUACAGCUGUGACCUUACAACGCUAGUGAAAGCACACUUCACUAAGAGACCAAUGGUAGUAGACAUGUGCAUUAGGGAAAUUGAAUCUCGAGGUCUUAAUUCCGAAGGACUAUACAGAGUCUCAGGAUUUAGUGAUCUUAUCGAAGAUGUCAAAAUGGCAUUUGACAGAGAUGGGGAAAAAGCUGAUAUUUCUGUGAAUAUGUAUGAAGAUAUCAAUAUUAUCACUGGUGCACUUAAACUGUACUUCAGGGAUUUGCCAAUUCCACUCAUCACGUAUGAUGCCUACCCAAAGUUUAUAGAGUCUGCAAAAACCACCGAUCCGGAUGAACAGCUGGAAAUUCUCCAUGAGGCGCUGAAACUGCUGCCACCUGCACACUGUGAAACAUUACGGUAUCUCAUGGCACAUCUGAAGAGAGUAACGCUCCAUGAAAAGGAAAAUCUGAUGAGUGCAGAGAAUCUGGGCAUAGUUUUUGGACCAACACUUAUGAGAGCGCCAGAACUGGAUGCGAUGGCUGCAUUGAAUGACAUUCGUUAUCAGAGACUUGUGGUGGAGAUGCUUAUAAAAAAUGAAGACAUUUUAUUUUGAAUAUUUUGGGGGUUUUGUAAUAAAAAAGGAAGCAACAGUGUUCUAUGGAUGAAGGAAUAUUUUAAAGUCAUUUAAUGGCUCUUGUCGCUGAAUUCCAUAUUUGCUAGAGCUUUCGAUGUAUUCAGGAUAAAAAUGAAGGAACUCUUUGUCGUUUCUGUAGUGCCAUUCAGCUGAUGUUGAAAAAGGUUAACACAUACUUUCCAGUACUAGUAAUCCUGGGUGUUUAUCAUGUUAAAACAAAAAACAAAAAGCCUAAAGCUAUUGCAUGAUUUGCUCCCUGUUCUCCCUGUUCUGGUGAGACUCAUUCCAUGAAGAAAACAACUGAACUGGUGCAGCAUCUUUGUUCUGGAUAGUUUGUGAUUGUAAUUCAGCAUGUUUCUCCGUGUAAACCUGUUGUGAAUUUGCUUUUAUGUUCUAUGUAAUUGGUUUCUGAUACUAAAAAGAAGACCGACUUAUGUGAAAUGGGGCCUCUGGCAGUUUAUUGACA